CCACUAGGAGUUGUUCAUACCUCUUUGGAGACAUAGUUACGGAAAAGCUUAGGGUUAGUAUGCCCCUUGCAGUGGAGGGGGCUACCGGCAGAUACGUUUCUCGCGCCAUUUUUCAAUAAUUGGGCUCAUUCUUUUAAUUCUGUCAUACGCGUGGAAACGCUUAUUGUUUAGUACUAUAGCUGACAAGUCAUUGGCUACCUCGUUUAUGGUGAUUGAUGUUCUAAUAGACAGCUUUAGGUUGUGUGCGAAGCUACGACUCCAGAUAGGCCUUUUGCACUAAGAAAUCCAUGGCGCUACCGUCGCUGUUUCAAUUGUUCCUAUAGGUUUAUGAUAAGCGGAAGAGGAAUAACGAAAGUCUGUCUUCACUCACUGUGUCUUAGGUGAAUAACAUCGCUGUGUUUGUAGAGAGACCACGAGUUCAUAGAGCUUUCAUCUGGAAAGUUGUGGAUUUAGAUUGUUGAAAGUGUACAAGAAGAGAGGCGUGGAUUUAUUGGUUUUCAUUUGGAAAUUGCUGAUAUUUCUAUAAAAAGAUGGCUCCGUUAUUGGGUCGGAAGGCAUUUCCUUUGGCGAAGCCACUGUUGGAGCCACCGGCAGAAGGAGAGGAACUCUAUAUAGUCGAACAUACCAAGGAGGCUUUCAGGAACAAAGAAGAGUAUGAGAGCAGAUUACAGAAAUACAGUGAACGCAUCUGGACGUGUAAAAGCACUGGAAGUAUUCAGUUAACUCACAAAGAAGCCUGGGAAGAGGAGCAGGAGGUCACAGAGUUGCUGAAAGAGGAGUUUCCUGUUUGGUUCGAGAAACUUGUUCUGGAGAUAGUCCACCAUAAUACCGUGUCUUUGGAUAAGCUGGUUGAUAAGGCAUGGCUUGAGAUCAUGACAAAAUAUGCUGUGGGUGAGGAGUGUGAUUUUGAGGUUGGGAAUGAGAAGGUGCUGAGAGUAACUGUGGUUAGAAUUCAUCCCUUGGAGCAGUGCGAGGAGGAAUGUUCUGAAAAGAAGUCCAAUGGAGCCUGUGACUCUCCAUCCAGUGAUAAAGAGAAUUCUAGUCAGAUUGCCCAUGAAACACAGAACAAGGAAAAUGCCACAGGGGAGGAUGAAACCAGGAGAGAAAGGAUAAGUGAUAGAGCCCGCAGAUCACCAAGAAAGCUUCCUACAAGCCUAAAGAAAGAGGAGAAGAAAUGGGUGCCUCCCAAACUGCUGCCACAUAAGUAUGAUGUGAAACUUGUUAAUGAGGAUAAGAUCAUAAGUAAUGUACCUUCUGACAGCUUGAUACGCACAGAGCGUCCACCUAAUAAGGAGAUCAUGCGUUAUUUUAUUAGGCAUUACUCUUUAAGAGUAGGAACUGGUGAGAAUGCACCGUGGGUUGUGGAAGAUGAACUUGUGAAGAAAUAUUCCUUGCCUAGCAAGUUCAGUGAUUUCCUGCUUGACCCCCACAAGUAUAUGGCCUUGAAUCCCACUGUCAACCCAGGAAAGAGGAAGAGCUCAGUAUCUCCUGAGAAGAAACCUUCUAAGAAGCAUAAGUCAGACGAUUCCAAUAAGGUGAAUGAUAAGUCCAAUGAUAGCAAGAAAAAGAAGCCUCUUAGUCCUUCAAAAAGUCCAACUAUUUGGGGACAUAUAAAAACAAAAAAGUCUGUAAAUGGAACUCCACUACAAAUGAAAAAUGGUACUUCAACAAGUGACCUAGAUGAUCUUGAAGAGGUCAUUAGAAUAGUUUCCCUGUCUACCACAAAACUGAGCACCCACUGCCAUACUGCCAAAAAGUGCUCUGUGUCAGGAAAUAAGGCAUCAAAAGAAAAAUCAAAGCCUAGCAAGAGUGGUGAAAAAUCAUCAGAUAAGUCCAAGAGUAAAAGUAAAGAUAAAGCAAAAUUACUGAAUGGCCAAAAAUCACCGGGGAAAAAAGAAAAGGUAAAACUAGUGAAUGGGCAAAAGUCACCUGGAAAGUCUAAGUCCAAAAUAAAAAUGAAGCAGAUAACUUUACUAGAUAUGGCAAAAAGCAAUGUAAAGCCAUCAAAAACAAAGAAUUCUGCAGGUACUGAAAAAGUCAUUGCCAAGCCAAAGUUUUUGCCUCAUUUAGCCCUGCACUUAAUAAAUUACUACAAAGAAAAUAAGGACAAGGAGGAAAAAAAAGGACCAUUGUCUUGCUUAAUUGCAAAAGUGGCAAAAAUUCUCUCUGCUGAGGAACGUGCCCGUCUCCCUGAUGAACUCCGUGACUUGGUACAAAAGCGUUAUGAAUUACUAGAGCACAAAAGAAAAUGGGCUUCUAUGACAGUGGAGGAACGCAAAGAAUACUUGAAGAAGAAACGUGAGGAACUGAAGGAAAAAUUGAAGGAGAAGGCAAAGCAGAGGAAAGAAAAGGAAUUGCAGGAAAAGCUUGAGAAGCUAAAAAGAUACGAAGAUCAAGAUCUAGAUGGUAAGAACUUGCCUCCUUUAAAGCUAGUUGACACACCAGAAGGUUUGCCAAAUACUUUAUUUGGUGAUGUUGCAAUGGUUGCUGAAUUUCUCAGCUGUUAUUCAGGCCUGCUUAUGCCAGAUGAUCAGUAUCCAGUCACUGCUUCUGCUUUAAUGGAGGCACUGACCUCUGAGAGGGGAGGUUUCCUCUACAUGAACAGAAUCCUUGUUGUUUUGCUUCAGACAUUACUGCAAGAUGAAAUUGCCGAGGACUACAUUGAACUUGGCAUGAGACUGUCUGAAAUACCACUUACUAUGCAUUCAGUAUCUGAUCUGGUACGUCUGUGCUUGCGCAGGUCAGAUGCCCAAGAGGACAGUGAGGCAUCAGAAAAUGCAGAUGAGAGCAAAGAUACUUCUGGAUUUGAUGACAAUGAGGUUCAGGAUGAAUUUCUUGACAAACUGGAAAACACAGAGUUCUUUGAGCUAUCUCCGGAUGAGAAAUUGAAUAUUCUUUCUGCAUUGUGCCACAGAAUUUUAAUGACCUACUCUGUGCAGGAUCAUGUGGACUCAAUGCAACAGAAGUCUGCUGAGCUCUGGAAGGAAAGGCUUGCUAUGCUGAAGGGUGAAAAUGAUCGGAAGCGGGCAGAAAAGCUGAAGAAAAAAGAAAUGGAGGCAAAAAUUAAGGAAAAUGUAAAAGAAGAGAAUGAAAAGUUAGAUCAGAAGUCAGAGAAAAUGGAGUCUGAAAUUGUGCAGUCAGAUAAAGCAGACCAAGAAAAAUCUGACUCUGAGAAUGCAAAGCCUGACAUUAAAAUGAUUGAUGGAGAUGAGUCUGGGAAAAGCAAACAAGAUGGUAAUAAGAGUGAAGGCGAUGAAUCGGAGAAGGGGAAGCAAACCAGUAAGAAGAAAGAAAAGUCUGAAUCUGAGAAGCUGAAGUCUGAUAAUAAAAAGGCUGAAUCUGAGAAAGGGAAGCCUGAAAGCAAAAAAACUGAUACAGAAAAGAGUAAAGGUGAUGUGAAAAAAGGUGAAUUAGAGAAAGGGAAGAAUGACCAGACUACCCUCGAUGCUGAAGAUAUGGUCACUGCUGUGAAGAGCAGACGGCUUCUGGCCUUACAAGCAAAGAAGGAAAAGGAAGAGCAGGAAAGGCAAUUGAAAGAAAAACUUGAAAAAGAGGCAGAGGAAGAGAGACAGCGAAAGCAAAGAGCAGCUGCAGAGAAAGCUUUUCAUGAAGGAAUAGCUAAGGCUAAGCUGGUUCUUCGCAGGUUACCUAUAGGAACUGAUCGUAAUCAUAACAGGUAUUGGUUGUUUUCUAGUGUGGUUCCUGGUCUGUAUAUAGAAAAAGGGUGGGUUCUUGACAGCAUUGAUUAUAGCUAUACAUUACCUGCCGAAGAAAAUGAAGAGGAAGAGGAUGAUGAAGAGGAAGAAGACCAGGACUCUUCUGUUAAGAUGGAAACUGAAUCACAAAAUGACAGUGUGAAUGAAAAUGGACCCCAGUCUGCUGCAGCCCAGACAGACACCUGUGUAGAAACCACUGUACCAAAGUUGGGACAGAAUUUGUGGUUUCUUUGUGAUACGCCAAAGGAACUGGAUGAACUGAUUGAUAGUCUACACCCUCAGGGUAUACGUGAGAGCCAGCUGAAGGAGCGUCUCCAGAAGAGAUAUCAAGACAUAGUGCAUUCAAUUCACCUAGCUCGAAGACAGAACACCAGUCUCAAGUCUUGUGAUGGUCAUCAGGAGUUAUUAAAUUACUUGCGUAGCGAUCUUAUUGAAGUUACAACAAGACUACAUAAGGGAGGUUUGGGCUAUAUGGACGGAACAUCUGAAUUUGAAGAAAGGGUUCGCUCUCUAGAGAGUUUAAAAGAUUUUGGUGAGUGUGUGAUAACCCUUCAGGAGAGUGUCAUCAAAAAAUUCCUACAGGGAUUUAUGGCUCCUAAGCAAAAGAAGAAGAAACUACAAGACGAUUCUGUAGUUAAAAUGGAAGAAGUUGAUGAAGAAAAGAGAUUAGCAGAAGAAGCAAAGGUGAUCUUUGCUUCUGUUCUCACUGAGUGUGAUGGUGAGGAAGAUAAACUGAUCUUGUGUGAUGAAUGCAACAAGGCCUUCCACUUGUUCUGCUUGAGACCUGCUCUUUAUUCAGUCCCCGAUGGAGAAUGGAUGUGUCCAGCUUGUCAGCCCUCAACUGCCAGGCGUGGCUCCCGUGGCAGAAAUUAUGCAGAGGAAUCUGUAGAGGAGGAUGAUGAAGAUUCAGAGGAAGAUUCGGAAGAUGAAGAGGAAUAUGAUGAGGAGGAAGAGGAGGAGGAUGAUGAUUUUACUGGUAUUAGAUUGAGACCUAGAAAAGCUGCCAAGGGCAAAAAAUCUUCACGCCUCCGGAAACAGGUGAAAAAGCAAAAGAAGAAGAAACCAUCUCCACAACCAAACAGAAAUGCAAAGCAUAAAACUGCAUCUGUCAAUGGAGCAGACGUAGAUGAACUGGUGAGACAAAGCAGACAAGGCUCACGAAGACAGAAUCCAGAACUACUGAAAUGUGAAGAGAUGCUGAACAAGCUGAUUAAAUUCCGGUUUAGCUGGCCCUUCAGAGAACCUGUGACUGUUGAGGAUGCCGAAGACUAUUUUGACAUUAUAAGCAACCCAAUGGAUUUCCAGACUAUGCUAAACAAGCUGACGUGUCGCAACUACCACUCAGUGCAUGAAUUUAUUGAUGAUAUGAAACUUGUGUUUAACAAUGCAGAAGAGUACAAUCAGACUGGUAGCCAGAUACUUUCUUGUUUGGAGAAGACAGAACAGUGUUUUGUUGAUUUGUUAAAAAAGCAUCUCCCCAACUACACGUAUAUGAGGAGAAAGCAUAGACGACAGACCACCAGGCGUAUAAAAGAGGAAGAGGAGGAGGAGGAAGAGGAGGAGGAAGAGGAGGAUGAAGAGGAGGAGGAGGAGGAGGAGAAUGAAGAGAAUGUUCAGGAAGAGGAGGAGGAAAUGGAAGAGGAGGAGGAAAGUGUGGAAGAUGACCAGACAAAUGAACAUUCCAGUGGGCAUAAGGGAAGGAAAUGAAUAUGAAGAAAGUCAUUUUUCUAAAACAGCAUAUCAGCUGCUUUGAAAACUGCAAAAACAUGUCUUUCUUUUGUUUCUACUGCAUCUAAUGUACUGGAUCAGCUGUCACAUUUUGGGCAGAGAAGAGCAUCCCAGAGUUUGGAUUGGUCUGCAGUGAAAAACUUGGUUUGGGGGAGGGGUAAUAAGUGAUAUAAAAUCUGCAGUGACAUUUAGCCAUUUUAGGUUAAAGAUGGUGACAGGAAGAAUAUGUAGGACAAAUGACAGCUUAUCUUGACUUCUGCAUUCUUAGUCUUGUAACCCACAGAACAGCUACAUUUUACACCCACAUUUGGAUUCCAUUUUUGUGUUUUGGUUUUCCAUGCAGGAAUUUCCUUUAUUUUGGCAGUUCACAGUAGCUGAUGACUGAUUUUCUUCAUGUUUAAAAAGAUACCGUAACUGUUCAUCACCAAAGGCACUAUGGCACUGGAUUCCACUCAUGGAGUACCAGUGUCUAAUGGUGUUGCAGAGUUGCACUUGUUCCUGAAACAGAAUUAAAAUGUAGGUUUUUGACUGCUGGAAGCAUCUUGGAAGCAUAUUGGUCAUUAAGGAUGUUUACAGUUACAGCGUUAACUAUAACCAGACUGGCAUAAGCUGUUGACAUCUCUUUUUGAUGCACUGGGAAAGCCAGAUAAUGGAUACAGCAAAACUUGCAUUCAGAGAUUAGAUAACAGCUGUCUACUGAAGAACAGGUAAUGGUGUCCAGCCUUAUAGCAUUUCAAAGUGUCGUCAGAUGGUGAGCAUUAGAGCAGUCACUGGUUAUUAGGACAUUAAAACAUCAGCCAGUGCUGGACAGUUGUGCCUAUGAGCUGUUACUUUGGCUUUAGAAAUUAGGUUGAAGAAUACAGUCCCUUUCACUGUAUUAUCCUAUUGUUCAGGAAAAGCCACCUUUGGGGGGGAAAGUACUAAGGGCACUUAGAAAUGGAAGACUUUUCAUUUUUAAAACCUAGAGACAUUUUUAAGUUUAUUGUAUAAAAGACGCCGUGUAAAGUAACUCCAUUGUAUGUUGGCAGUUGUACAAUACAUAAUGUGACUGUAUACAUUUGUUUCUCUCCCCCUUGAGCAGUUUUAAGUCGUAUAUUAAAAAGCACUAUUUUGAAUGUUAAGUUGAAAUUUAACUGGUCUGAAUUCCUAGUACUCAGAAUUAUGUAUUUUUUUGUCAUUGACGUUGUACUGUGCAUUAAACAGUGGUCAGUGACGUGACCUUUACCCCAAGAACUUUUUGUAAACUGAAAUAAAUUAUUGCAUAAUCUCUUAUACACAUUUCUCCUGAGUUUUCACAUAAAAGGCGGGAAAUUGGUACUUGUUCACCACUCUAGGAACCCUUAGUCUAGAUUGAAAGUCAUAGGAAGCUGAUCAUAUUUUGAGAGUUUACAGAAUUAAGCCUGUUAAUGUAUAUUUGGAAUGUAAAAGUAACAUCCCAUUUUGAAGACACAGUAUUUUCAGUUUCUAAUGCAGGGCAUAUUUUUAUUAUGGUAUUUGAAGAGACCACCUUCUGCUGCAGCCACUUCUUUCCAAAGUUUCAUCGUGGAUUGGUUGUUGAACUUGUUUUAACAUUUUGUGCCUUUAAUAGCACACACUUGUAUAGCAUAUAUAUAAAUAUAUAUAUGUAUAUAUAUAUAUGUUUAGGCAGUGAAAUCUGAGUUGUGUAUUUUUAAGUUUCUUUUUUCUCUCCCCAAGAAAGCUCACUUAAAGCUAUUGGGGCAGAACUUGUAUAAAAUACAGAGUUUAAAAAAUAAAAGUGCAUUACGUGUGUGUAAAAUA